GCCCACUGCACGCGGUGUGGAAUGAAACAUUGCAGUGGCGUUUGUUAGACGUGAGUGUGUAGACCUGAAAGUCACACGAGACAAAACAAGUCAGCAUAUCUCCGGAACGAGUAAUUUCAUAAGGGGAACAUUACAUUCGAGGUGAGGUUACCAUCUUCGCCGUAGCUGAUCGUCAUAAGGUGAAAUUGUCGGGAACAAGCUGUGUUCAAACAAAGAGGGCGUGUGAUCUUACAAGACCAGCUGAUUUUAUGUGACCUUUCAAGACAUCAAAAUGACACUCUUGCAGCAUAAAGACUGUCGCGAUUAUGACACAAACCUGGCGGCAGAAUGCCUUGUCGCAAUGUCAAAUUCAUGUUUUAACCCUCGAUCAGACGACACAGCAGCUGUGUCAGUUGAAUGUGAGGAGAGAGUUGCCACAACAACGGACACUUCGAGAAGUCAACCGGAGUCUUUGUUCAUGUUGGCCAGAAUUCUGGCUGAUUUGAGUAAAUUCAAGCAAGACCCAAUUGACAAUGAUUACGAUAGUGACGAACUUUGUAGAAUUAACUCCAGUAAUCAUCACAACACAUUUGACAUUUGUCAGAAUGUUUCCGCGCAGCGUAAACGAGUGCGACGGCGAAGAGCUAACUCGACCACGCCUACUUUGAGUGGAAGUGACUGGGAGGGGAAGAAAGGAGACCAACUUGGCAAAGACAUGUCAGCAGCAGUUAAGAAGCUUCACAAAUGUCACUAUCUGGGAUGUGAGAAAGUGUAUGGCAAAAGUUCCCAUCUCAAGGCCCAUCUUAGAACCCAUACAGGUGAACGACCAUUCCCAUGUACUUGGUAUGGAUGUGAGAAACGCUUUGCCCGAUCUGAUGAACUUGCACGACACAUACGCACUCACACAGGUGAAAAGAAGUUCUCAUGUCCAAUCUGUGAAAAACGCUUUAUGCGUAGUGAUCAUUUGAACAAACAUGCUCGACGCCACCCUGAGUUUGAACCUGGAAUGCUCAAGAAACGACCACAGCCUAAAAUAGAUAUCAACAGUGAUGGAAUAUCUGACCGGUCCAGUCCUGGGGCAUCACCGUAAUUGUCUCCCCCCUCCAAGACAUGAAGCCUCUUAGGAACGGCCAGCAUGGACAAUGUCACUACACUGAGAUCUUACUGUUAGGCUAACCCAUCAGAAAGGGUUGAAAACUUAAACAGUUUCAGAUAACAUGAAGAUGUAACAUCCUUGUCAGAAAGAUCACAUCCAGUCUUUAUGUGUACUUAAUGUGUGUCUGACUAUCAUGAGUCAAUGACUUGGCUGAAGUUGUCCCUAUGUGGAGCCACCUCUCUAUAGUGCUAGCUCGUGUGCUGUGUUCAUCCCACAAAGUGUGCCUUCACACAUCAGCACUGUAUCCUGGUGUAGGUCAUGACUCAAACAUCCAGGGUCUCCUGUAUUGCCAUCACAACACUUUGCAGGCAAAUAUUCAUCAGCUGAUAUCAGUAAACUAGAUUUUGCAUUCAUGGUACCGAGCCUAAAAUAAUCAAAUGAGAUGGAGUUUCACAUAACAUAGGUGUGCAAAUUCAUUGAUUUGAUACCUUAAAAAAGGAGAAGAUUUAUUUUAUACUGAUUCAGCAUCCAGACUCCUGAGAGUUACUUUUAUUUAGUCAUUAGUGUAACAGAAACGUCAACCAGUUGAAGACACUUUGGAAUUUCAUAUAUUUUCAAAUCAAAAAUGUUCAUUUUUCACUUGUUUAUGUUAAUUGUUAUUUUUGAGUCUUCUGAUAACUGUUAUUAAUGUCACAGCGUUUGGAAAAUAACAUAUGAUUGAUAGAAGUUAUGCAUUAUCUUCCAUUCACUUCCUAGGUGGUAGUAACUGCGUUGAGAUGACAGACUGCAAACAUACUGUUGAACUGAUGGUGAAGUUAUGAGUGUAAAGUGUACAUAAGAACCUAUAUCCUAUAUUUGCUUUCAUAUCCUAUGUGUGAUGAUCCAUGUUUGUGAUGAUUUGUGGUGUUUGUUGCAUAUUAUUUGUUGUACAUAUAUCAAAGUUGGCAAACUGCAAGCCUGGUACAAUAUUUCAUACUUUCAACUAGUUUUUACCAGGAAUGGAAUGGCUGAUGGUUUUUUUUGUGAACCAAGGAAAUGGUGCUUUUGAAAUUCAUUGGAUCUGAAUUUGUUUUAAUGAAACAUGAAUGUUCCGUGAAAAAAUGACAUUCAUUAAAAAUAAUUUCUCCUGCUGGGAGUAUUUCAUUCAUUCAUGUGUAAAGGAUGGUUCACUUUUCAUCUUUAUUUGUUGUUACAUGUCUUUCAAAGUAUUCCAACGAAAUCCAAGUGAAAAUGCUGGAGACGCAUAGAAUAACUUACUUGGUCAAAGGGAGGUAACUCCUUUGUUUUGGGAGCAUCCCCCCCAUUUGUUUUCCUUCUCCUGAACUUCAUGCAGUUAUCGUUCAUGAAAAUUAAUUUGCUUUACGUAUGAAUGAUUUUCUGCAAAAUGUAUUUGAAGACUCAAACCAUAAGGUAAGCAUGUGGUGUUCAUGAAAUGUUAAUAUGAUGAAAAAUAGCUUGAGAUAAAUAUAUUGUUUAAAAUGUUAAAGAAUUUAUUUAGAGUUUAUCACAAAGUUGAGACUACUUCCAUGAUUAAGUCUUUCUGUCUUAAAAUGUAUAUAUUGAAGUGUUACAUUGAAGUGGUGUUUUGUUAAAUGUCAACAAUAAAUAUCUUGCACUGAACUAAAUCUAAGGAUGAAGUCAUAGAAUUUGAUGUGUCUUUUUUUCAAGAUAACUUGUGAGUGACCAUAUGUUUCAGUACAGAAGUUUGUAAUUUGUCAGUCAGGGUAGUAGGUGAUAUAUAUGAAUCAUAGGGCCAUAGUUGAAAAAAGAUCUGUUUCCUUAUUCCUUAUCCUAUAUAUUUGAUAAUUCGAGUACAGCCAUUUGAUCCAAGAAAAGGAAAAUAUUUGAUUUAAACAUGAUUGUUGUGUUUGUCAGUCCUUCCAUUAGAAUGAUAAAGAGUGAUUGAGAUUUUGACUCUGAAGAUAAUUAUUGGUGUUGCUCCUUUUCCUAAGGCUGAUUAGACUUAUUUUCAAUUUUGCACUUGCAAUUGUGCACUGAUAACACCUGCUGUUCUGUACAUGUUGAAUUAUCUAUUAUAUUGUUACCAACAGUAUGGCGCUGUGUGUCUGCUAUAGCUGACACAUAUAUACAUGACUAUUGUUGCAUGUCAUGACAUUCCUUCUGAUCUCCAUGUCGACCAUCUGGCACCACUGUCAGGCUGUCGCUUCCAUCUUCUGCAGACAUCUUCACUCCAGCAGAAAGACAUGCAUUCAUCAAGACUCACACAUAUGCAUUCAUCAUAGGACAUAUGUAUCUGAUGCCACAGCUUUCAUACUGUAUAUUUUAGCAGAAACUGAAGUGAUAUUUUCAUUUUAGUUCUUCAUAGUCAUUUUCAAGUAUAUUUUAGACAUCAGUUUUGUCCUCUACUAUUUUCUGUGUAUACUGCUAUUUCUGUUACUUUUCCUCCCCUCAGUACCUACUGUUUAAUUUAUGUUCAUAUUUCUUUCAUUGGGACAGUCUCCCUCAACCUGUAAUCACACAAUUGUUUCAUGAAUAUCCCGAAGCCUAUGCUCCUUGUCUAUGAAAGAUGAUCUUGCCUACAUGUUUACUGACAUUUGUUAAACAACUGACUGGUCCUGUGGCAAUGUGAUUUACACAUCAAAUGCUUUGACAGUGUUUAUUUUAUUUGGACCCAACAGAUAGUUGAAAACAUUAACACUUGUUGAUAACAAAAAUCUCAAUGGAUCUCAAAUAUUGGAAUUUGUGAUUCUUCACAGCUGACUAUCGAAAACUGUUUAUUACACAUCUUUAGAACGGGUAAAUGUUUGCUUUGUUUUAAGUGAAUUCAUCCGCAUUGCUUAUUUUAACGUCCAUAAAAAUUCAUUCCUGAUUUUCAACUUAGUUGAAAUUUCAUAUGCAUGUUUUAUGCCGUCACAAUCUCCAUACAGAUCAUUGUCACUUUUAGUUUUAAUCCAGUCCGAUGUUUCCACCCAUUUCAUUUGCUUGUAUAAUCUGAAUAGUGUUGAUAUUGUAAUUACUGUGUGUAUUUCAGUUUGAGUUGUAUACAGUACUGUACAAGUUUGAUGUUUUAGUUGACAUGGGAAGAUACGUAUGCACUGGACUGUUAGUUCUAGAGCAACCAAGAUAUUGGCUUUAUUGUCCAGUAUAGCAGAUAUGCACUUAUCAGAUUAAUAACAUCAAGGAUUGAUAAGGAAGUACCCAGAUAACCCUUUCAACUCCCAGUGAAAUAUAUUUUAGAGGGAGGUGUAAUACAAAACUUACAAAGCCACAUUUCUGAUGUUUGUAUACUUUUUUGCAGAGUGUGUUAACAAUGUAGGUACAAAGCUUGCUCAUUGUAUUCAUAAGUUAUUGUAUAUGAAAACUUGCCAAAGAAGGAAUCUGUACUCAGUAGCAAGACUAACUUAUUUAUUGCAUGGUUGUAAAUGACAGGCAGUUAUUUCUACAAUUAUUUACCUUGUGAAUAUAAUUUGAUAUCUUUUCAAGCAGUUUGAUAUGCAAGAUAUAUAUUCUGCUGUUAAUAUUUGCUUCAGCAGUUACACUGAUACAGGAAUCUUCAUGUUGGUAAGUUGUCACUUUGAUGGAUUGUGAUUACUACUCAGGAUAUUUAAUUGAAUAUUUAUUGAUAUCUUUCAGUUAAUGAUGAAGAGAUUUGAGCUUUGUCAUUAAUAUAUCUUGGUUCUUACAGAUAGUGUUGAAAGUAUUCGUUUAAUGGUUUAAAUAUUGUGGAAAUAAUCAACCUGAUUCAGUUUGGAGGAAAGAUAACAGUGUGUGCCAGGGAGUCAUGAAUAUUACUAAAGGUUAUGACAAAACAUACAAUGUCAUUUUCAAUUGGUUUCAAACAGACACCUUCGUGUCUCCCCCUGGUAUUGUGUGUAAGUGGACACAUGAGGACAGUUGACCUGUGUCACAGUGCUAGAUAUCUGGGCAGUUGGAUCCCAGUGAAUGGAAGGAGUGUAGUACCUGUCUGUUAAAGGUAAAAUAAACAUUGUAUAUCUACA